AUGAGAUCGCAAAUCUCACGCAAACGAAGACCUAUAAUCUUGUUUGCCUCAUUUAUGAUUAUCUAUACGUUUAUCAUCGUAACGGUUUAUACUUCGUUCAUCAGCGAGCAUGUACAAUGGAUGAUUUUGGAUUACGGGCAUUACAAACAAGCUUCACGUGCAUCAGUGAACAUGUCCGAUUAUUUAUACACUCCACUAUCACCAGGACUUCGGUGGUGUUCUUCGAACCCAUUUUUAGCGAAUUAUGAUCGACAGACAGUGUUUUAUAUGGAACAUGUGUGGCACAAAUGGUUUGAAACAGAAUUGCAAACUGUACAUGACAUUCUUGCGAAAGUUGCACCUUCACCCAACAUCACUGAAGAAUAUAUUGUCGAUAUGAUUUAUCCAAGAACGAAUCAUUUACCUUGCUGGAAGAAGCACGGUUUAGUACGCUAUGGAAAGUCAUUAGGAGUCGGCAAAGUCUUGUGCGGACUGUCGAGUGUUGCAUCUUCCACUAAAUGCAUUGUGUAUAGUUUGGGCUCAAAUAACAAUUUCGAUUCUCCGCCAAAGGAUCCGAUCAAACACCAUACAUUUCACAAAACAUGCAUGGGAAUGAAGACAAAUCUACAGCAGUACUUAUUUCCUUAUGCUACCAUAGAAGAAAAGAUAAACAUCAGUGAUCAUGAAUUCAAAAGUUUCAGUCAAAUAACUAGCGAAAACAAUCAUACUCAUGUGCAUGUGCUCAAAAUGGACAUUGAAGGAGGUGAAUAUGCCAUAUUUGCUGAUAUAUUUAACUCACCACGAGGGCUUACCCUGCCGUAUCAAAUAUCUUUCGAGUCGCAUUGGUGGAACCGGGACAUUUAUCAUGCAACACUGCAUCAAACAAUGUUCAAACAAUUGUGGAGAAACGGCUAUCGAAUUCUCUAUCAUGAAGUUAAUCCUGGCGAUAAGGCAUCUCCAUUCACAUCAGGAAUACGAAAAUAUGCAAUGAGACGAAUGUCAGUUUUAGAACAAAACAACCACCCAACACAAGAAUCUCCUUCGAUGGAGAGUGUUCCAGAUCAUUUACAUGCCAAAGAACUUUGCCUUCGAAAGUAUGAUUCCGAAACAGAUACAAUCGUUUCACAUUCGAAAUUAGUCAUGGAUGUAUGA